AUUUAAAGAAAACUUGUUUAUGUAAUUCACUUCUCUUACUUUCUACUACUGUCAUCAAACCUUAAUUAACCAUAUUAUUACGUCCUUAGUUUUUCUACUCUAAACUCUACAAAAACUACGUCUAAAAAAAUGGAUGGAUUUGGUGGUGAGAGUGACAUAACACGUCGGAGUGACAAUCAUCAUCCUACUGUUUGGGGAGACCAUUAUCUGCCACAAUAGGCAAAAAUAAAUAUGACCUAAUAAUGUAAACAUGUAUUGCACUGAGAAACUAAAACUCUUCGACAAAAUUAUAAAAAAUUGAAUGCUUUUGUUUUCAGUUGAAACACUCUUGAUCCGUAAGUUUGCAAAUAAUUUUUGGAGCACAAAGAAAUAUAUAUCUAAACAAAGUUAUUUAUUUACGCGUAUAGGGAGCCAAUGAAUGGGAAGAGAAGGAACAUAAGGAUCUAAAAGAACAAGUGAGAAAAAUGCUAGUGAUUUCUCCUUCCAAAUCUUUGCAAAAACUUGAACUUAUAAACACAAUCCAAUUGCUUGGAGUGUCAUACCAUUUUGAACAUGAGAUUGAGGAAUCAUUGAGUGAAAUCUAUAAUGGUCAUGAAGAAUGGAUUGGUGAAAGUCAUGACCUUCAUGUUGUUGCUCUAAGCUUUCGAUUACUUAGGCAACAAGGUUACUAUGUCUCAUCUGAUGUUUUUAGAAAGUUCACCGAUGACCAAGGAAAUUAUAAUAAAGCAUUGGUUAAUGACACGCCCGGGUUAUUAAGCUUGUACGAGGCAGCACAAUUCAGGGUACAUGAUGAAGAAAUUUUGGAUGAAGCAAUUAAUUUCGCCACCACUCAUUUGAAGCUAUUGUUGCCUAAAUUGAGUAAUUCUCUAUCGAUGCAAGUCAGCUAUGCCCUAAAAUAUCCAAUCAACAAAACCAUAGCCAGAGUAGCAACUAGAAAAUACAUAUCGUUUUACCAAGAAGAGGAAUCAUCAUGUGAUCAAGUGUUAAUAAAUUUUGCAAAAUUGGACUUCAGUAUAUUGCAGAAGAUGCAUAAAAGGGAGUUGUGUGAUAUCACAAGGUGGUGGAAAGAAUUGGACUUGGCAAAUGAAUUAGCUUUUGCAAGAGACAGAGUGGUUGAGUUGUACUUUUGGUGUUUGGGUGUGUACUUUGAGCCACAGUAUAAGGUUGCCAGGAAUAUACUAACCAAAGUGUUAUGUUUCGUUUCAAUUACUGAUGACAUCUAUGAUACUUAUGGAACACUGCAUGAACUUACUCUCCUCACAAACGCAAUAGAAAGGUGGAACCUCGACGCUACAGAAAAUCUAACGUCGUAUAUGAAACUCUUUUACACUGGUCUCCUACAUUUUUACAAUGAAGUAGAGAAAGAGUUGGAAAAGGAGAACAAGUCAUUUCGAGUCAACUUUGCUAUUAGUGAGAUGAAAAAGUUGGUGAGAGCUUAUUUUCAAGAGGCAAAAUGGUAUCAUGGGAACACAGUCCCCAAAAUGGAGGAGGAGUAUAUGAAGAAUGGAAUUCAAAGUAGCGCUAACCCAACUCUAGCUACUGCUUCUUGGUUAGGCAUGGGUGAUGAAGCAACCAAAGAGGCAUUCGAAUGGAUUUCAACUGAACCUCCAAUUCUUGUUGCUUCCUCUAACAUUGCAAGAUUGUUAAACGAUAUUGUAUCACAUGAGAGAGAAAUAGAAAGAGGAGAUGUAGCUUCAAGUAUUGAAUGUUACAUGAACGAGUAUGGUGCCACAAAAGAAGAAGCUUACAUGGAGAUAAGGAAAAUAAUAGAGAAUAAUUGGAAGGAUUUGAAUAGAGGAUGCCUAAAACCUACAACAGUACCAAGAGUUUUGCUCAUGCCAGUGCUCAACCUUACGAGGGUGGCAGAGUUUGUUUAUAAAGACGAAGAUGCUUAUACUUUUUCGAAAAAUAACUUAAAAGAAGUCAUUUCUAUGGUGCUUGAUGAUCCCAUUGAAGAAUAAAAGCAAAUUAAAGGGCAAAAUAAGGAAAUUAUUAUCCACUAGAAUGCUUAUAUUUCUGUCACACUUAAUUGUGGAUGUUUAUUUGUAACUCCAAUAAGCAGGUUUUGUAAACAACACUGCAUGCAUGCAACUUUAAUUUUGUUCUUCUAUAAAUUAUAUAUAAUAAGUUAUUUCAGUUUGUUUAUAUA